CUUUGUCCCCACCCUUCAUGGGAAGGGAAGCAGGAGCUGUGAAACCCCUGUGCUUGCUUCUCUUGGCAUGACUGACCUCCCCUGUAUGGCCAUGUCUGCCCGCCGUGCUAUGGCUGAGGAGCUAGGGUACAAACACACUUGGAAAAUCAGUCUAGAUACCACAUCCAGCAGAGCCAGAGGCACCAGGUGAAGCAGUACCUGACCCUUGACACCAAGCUGUCCAGCCAGACGCUGUCGCUGUCCCAGUCGCACCCAGCGCAGCCGGUGGGGGUGAGCUCCAUCCUGCGGAGCGGCCACAUGCCCCCAGCCAGCGGCGCCGACAGCGCUGUCACCAAGCUGCUGGCCCUCGGCGGCCAACACGAAAAUGCGAUGGAAGAAGUUAUUGAAGACAUAAUCAAUAUGGAAUCAAAUUUUAAUGAUGAAGGGAUAGGUUGUUCUGAAACUCCUUUACUAAUGCAAAGAACUCUAUCUAGCAGCAUUUUGGAUCUAUAUAACAGUGACCAGGGAAUGGCACCAGCUAAUAUGGGUCUCACGAAUGCUUCUUGCCCAGCUAAUCUACCAGUAAAAAGGGAGCUCACAGAAGCAGAUACAAGAGCAAUGGCAAAGGAGAGACAAAAAAAGGAUAACCACAAUCUCAUUGAGAGAAGAAGAAGGUAUAAUAUUAAUUACCGAAUCAAGGAGCUUGGCACACUCAUCCCCAAGUCUAAUGAUCCUGAUAUGCGCUGGAACAAAGGAACUAUUUUAAAAGCAUCGGUGGAGUACAUCAAGUGGCUACAAAAAGAACAACAGAGAGCCAGAGAAUUAGAACACAGGCAGAAGAAAUUAGAGCAUGCUAACAGAAGACUUCUGCUCCGAAUUCAGGAACUGGAGAUCCAGGCACGUGCGCACGGCCUCCCAGUCAUGUCUUCGCUCAGUGCUGUUGAUUUAGCUGCACAAGUCAUCAAGCAACAGUCUUAUCCAGAGGAGAACUCUGUAGACUACUCUCAACAAAUGCCUCUGGUACAUGGACAAAAUUCUGAUGUCUGCGAUGGAUCUACAGCCUUUUCUGAUCCACUUUCCCACUUCACGGAUUUGUCCUUCAGCGCAGCUUUAAAAGAAGAACAACAACUGGAGGAAAUUUUAUUGGAUGACACAGUGUCACCAUUUGGAACAGACCCACUCUUGUCCUCCACAUCUCCAGCUGCAUCAAAAGAAAGCAGCAGGAGAAGCAGCUUUAGCACAGAUGAUGGAGAUGAUUUAUAAAAGCAGAAAGGGUCUCAUACUUCUCUAAACACUUUUUUAAAGACUUAGUAAGCGUGGUGUUUGCUCUUAUUUUAAAUACCUAUAAGGAGAGACACUGUAAAAAUCAAUUACUACAUGAUAAGGAUUUCAAUCAGCCCUUACUUCACAAGAAAAUAAGAUGGACAUGAACCCAUAUCACUCCACCCCAAAUUCACCCUCUGUUCAGAGCCAACAUUUGCAUAAAUCUCUCUUCACUGGGAAUAUUUUUUCUAUCACUUCAUGACUUUUAUCAGUACUAUGAAAAUGGUUACCAAAAAAGGAAUACUCAUGUUGCAAAACUGUAUUCAAACUCUUUUCAGUCUGCUUACACAUUUCUCUGCUACAAAUAUGAAAUUUAGUAAUUUGCUAAUUUCUUUAUUUUUUUAUAACUCAAAAUUCAACAAAAUGUGAAGCAACAAGCUGGGAACUGUAGAGAUGUUACAGAAAGUGAAAGAACAUCAGAUAGUAAUGCUUUCACACAAGAUGAAGUCUAAACUGUGUGGGCUUCUCUUUAAAAGGAGAAAAUCCAUUAAGCUCUGUAUGGAAUGCCUUUAGUUUUUUUUUUAUUUCAUUUGUAGAAAAAGAACACUCCUUUAAGUAUCUAUUUUAAUGACACAGAAGAAAAAUGGAAACUAACAUAAUGACAGUGAUUCAAAUGAACUCAGACAGAAAAACACAGAGCAUUGCAGCAGAAAGACUGUGUGGAUAUAGAAGACAGCACAGACACUCCACGUUACAUUUAGCACAAUUUAAAACAAGCACUACCUGUGACAGUGCUAUGUCAGCUAUUUAUUCCAAGAAUAUUCACACUGUGUCCUUUUUUAUAUGGAAGAAAUUGGAAUUCAGAUACAAUACUGGGCUGCUGGAUGACACUUUCAGUGUCCUUUGACAGCACAGUGAGGUUUUUGCAAAGGGACUCUAUCUGUACAUGUGUUUUUGAUCCAUUUGAAAGCAGAGGGAAAUGACAAGAUUCCCAUUGCAUGCUCUCUAAACAACAAGAAUUUAAUUUCAUAUUUGCCUUUGGACUCCCUGCAGAAAAGCUUGAAAGGAAGACUUGUCAAACUGAAGGCAAUAUUCAGAAACACUGAUAUGAUGCACUACCUCUCAUAACCAGCUUGCUAGGAGGGGGCAUUCAGAAAACUCACUUCUACACAUAGUGAAAUUCUGGACAGUGAUGUACACUCCUAAAGAACAUUAAGAACAGUCCUUCCAAUUGUGAUAUUAAAACAUAGGAAAAGAAACUGGAGCAGGUUCUUCAUAGCUCUUCCUCAAUCAAAGCCAAAAGAUCACAUUAGGGAGUAGUUAUGGUUUAACCCCAGGUGGCAACCAAGCCUCAUGCAGCCACUCAGCCACUGCCUGGCCAGAGUGACUGGGGAGAGAAUUGGAAGGGUAAAAUCUGGAAGGCUCUUGGGUUAAGAUAAAGACAGUUUAAUAAGGAAAGCAAAAGCUGUGCACACAAGUGAAAUGAAACAAGCAAUUAAGUCACUGCUUCCUAUGGGCAGGCAGGUGUUCCACCAUCUCCAGGAGAGCAGAGCCCCAUCACAUGCAAUGGUGACUUGGGAAGUCAAAUGCCAUCACUCCAAAACCUCCCCCCUUCCUCCUUUUUUUCCCACUUUAUAUAUUAAACAUGAUUUGAUAUAGUGUGGAAUAUCCCUUGGGGUCACCUGCUCUGGCUGUGUCUCUUCCCAACCUCCCAUGCACCCCUGACUUCCUUGCCAGUGUGUCAGUAUGAAAAGCAGAAAAGGCCUUGGCUCUGUGUAAGUCCUGCUCAGCCCCAGCAAAAACAUCUCUGUCCAGCACAAAUCCAAAAUACAGCCUCAUACUAACCACUGAGAAGGAAAUUAACUCUGCCCCAGCUGAAACCACCACAGGAGUUCUGUAAUGAUCCAAAAUAUGUUUCAAAAGUGUGCAUUAAUUUUGCUGUCACUGAGCCUGCCUCACUUCAGAAGUGUCACAGGUUUGGAAAUAGUAAGAAGAGAUUAAGUGGAUUACUUUUUGCAUGAACAUUUUAAGUUUUUAAAAACAAACUAUCCAAAACCAGAGAAAUUGUUUAUUACAAUUGCCUCUUUUGUUAUUGGUACCUGGGCCUUCCUAAUAGUCACUGUGAGGUUUGUGUUCCUGCCAGACCAUAGCACAUGCCUGACCAACCCUGGCAGUGUCACAAUAGUGACAUAAUUGGAAAAUUAUGAAAAAAUUUGAAAAAAACAUAGUUGGAAAAUUAGUAGCUGGAUAAUAAAACACACUCAGAUGGCUAUGAAAGAUGAUGGUGUGUCCAAUUUCACAAGAAUAUUUAUAAUUUUAGGAAUCUCAAGGUUUUCUAUGAGUUUGUGCAAACUACUUGGAUGUAAGGUGACAUGUAAGCACAGACCUGACCAUUUGAAGAGGCUUUGAUACACUCACACUGCAUGGAUAAAUAAAGAGACAACAGACAUGUUCUGGUAAUUUUCUUUUGUUUUGGUUUGGUGUUUUUGUUUGUGUUUUUAUUUGUUUAUUGUGCUUGGUUUAACAUUUUAAUUUUGUUGGGUUUUCCUGGUUUUGAGGUUUUUUCACCUUUUUUUUGUUUUUAUAGCAUAUCAGAAAAACAAACAAGUAUUGACCAAAGAUAACUGGAUAUAGGACUGACCACCAUUUUAAUUGGGUUAAUUAAAACAGGAAUCACUUUGUCAUAGUUUUGUCAAAGACAAUUGCUAAUAUUGACAUCUGAAUACAAAACAUGAUGAAUUAAAAGCAACCUUUACGCCCAUAUUAUGUCUAGCCUAGUAUGAGUAUUGUCCAUUUCAGGAGAUGAAAGGAAGGGUUAUUUGGUUAAAUCAAAUGCCAUUUGUCCUUGUACUGCAGUUUCUACUACAUUAGUUUUAAAUACACCAGUGUGGCUUGCUCAUAAUGGAAAAAAAGAAAUUAAAUAUGAAUGUAUUACAUGAUUUUCCCAUUGAACUUUUACAUGUGAAUUAAACCAUACUUCUGAACUAUAUUGACUUUAAAUAACAUCCUGAAUUUCAUCGCUUUUAAAAGCACUGUUCUAAAAUAACAUUACAGUGCAUCCAUUAAAUGUUUUAAAGUUGAUUUUCAUUCUUCUGACAACUGCUUCAGUCUAAGGCACCUGAAUUUUUCUCUCUCUCCUUGCAUGAGAAACUUAAGAUAGUCAAUGCUCUUUUUGCAAGGCACUGUACUGCAUCUAUCAUUAAACAUAUUGAGGCUGUCUUCCUUCACACAAAACCCCCAGCUCCCUUGCCCAAAACAAUAAAUACAUCAAUCCUCCUAGGUGUUUACUAUGGCAAUGGUUUUUCACCAACAUUGCAUUUUUUUUCUAGUAGGAAGUCAUCAUAAUUAGUAUUUCAACUGCUAAUUAUAACCUGAAUGACACUCACCCUUGAAAUUAAAUGGUGGCACAGACUGCAAAACCAGACUAGGACAUUCUGGGAAUUCAUAGAUGCUACUGAAGGUAUUUAGGAGAUGCAUGUGCUGGGAGUCACAUCCCAGACUUUCUGAAGUAGACACUCCCUCUCCUGCCACAGGCUUGGGAUCAAUGCUGUGAAACUGAGAGGGCUUCUAGGGCAGAGCCGAGCCCAGUCCUACCAGCUUCUGCAGAGGAAGGGGAUUUCAUAACUACAGGGACAAAUCCUGACGUUUUCUGUCAGGUAGAAUUACCUUGCUGUCCAUGCUAGUUUUAUUGGGAUGAGUUGUUGUGCAAGAAAAAUACAAUUUUUAGUUAUUUCCAGCAGAGAUCUGUUUAGUGAAAUCUCAUGAAAGAAAUGCAUAAUAUGCCUGUGGCUCUGGGCCUAGAAAAGAAUUUGAAAUCUUACAGAUCUUCACCUCAAGCAGGGCAGGGGGUAGAAGAACUGGCUAUUUUUGUCAAGAUGUAUUAAAUGAGGAGUUAUUACUUGUUCUCAGUAACAGCUGUUCAAAGCUGGUGGACAUAUUCCUACAGAGUCCACAAAACAGCAGACUGAUAAUUAAACACAAAGAAAGGGAGUUGAAAUAUUAACAUCGUGUUUAAUUUAUGACAUGGAUAUAGAUGCUAUACUAAGAAAAGAAAAUUAAAUUAUUUCAUUGUGCAUAGCAUUGAUAGUGUGAAAAGGUACAGUAAGUGCAAACAGUUUUAACAAACAGAAACACAGUUGCUUUAUAUAAUAAAAUAACUAAAUAUAAUUCAGUUGCUUAAUCUUAAUAAGAACAUUGAUAUUAUAAUGCUUUCUGAAUUUAAUAGAACUGUAUAUAUAAAUGGAGGAUGUAAAAUUAUUGUAAUUUAAAAUUAUGUUAAGUCUCUUAGAUAAGUAAAGGCAUUUACAUUGCUAUUAUGAGACUGUAGAAUAUUUUUAUAAUAAUUGCUAUUUUUCAUUGUUAACCGUAUAGUAUCUUGUUUUCUAAGUCAUUGUAUGCAGACAGAAUGUACUUUAUUAUGCACUAUGUAUGCAAUCUUUUUACAAUUACAUUUUAUAUUUGCUGGCAUUUUAUGUUUAUUGUAUGAAUAUAAUUAAAGGACUGAAAUGAAAAUA